UGAUUGUUCGCUAAGGUCCCAGAAUAUGAAUAAUUCAUUUAUGUUGAUGAGACGCGCUGACGUCACGGGCGACGUGGGAUUCCGUUAGAGUGCGUAACGGCGACGUCGUGCACUGGUUGCAACUUGGGUGGGGGGAGGGGGAAGGGCUGACUCAGCCCCUGGUGCUUGGGAAGUUGCUGCUGCACUGGGCAAACGGGGGCGCUAUCACAGGAGAGAGAGCCAGGCCGACCCACACGCCAGCAACCACCCCCUGUGGCCAAGAGGCUCCCCAUGCCGUCUGAUGGCGGCGUCGGUCGAGGAAGAUUCUGUCAGGGAGGUGACCCUCCUGAAGCCCGAGUACCUGUCUGCCAUGGGGGUCGAGGAGCUACACCGCCACCCGGGCAGGGUGCUGACGCCCGUCAGUGAGGAGGUUGCCCUGUCCCCUGGUGCCAAAGAUGAGGUUGACAGCGUGGCGGAGCUGAGCCGGCCAAGGAAUGGGCUCCAGCCCUUGCAGCAGCAGAGGGCCUUCAAACGGAGGAAUAGCUUGAACGUAGGCUUCAAGCACCCCGGGUUCAAGAGGAGGCGCCGCGUCAACUCAGACUGUGACCCGGUGCUGCCCAGCAAUUUCCUGCUGGGCGGUAACAUCUUUGACCCGCUCAACCUCAACAGCCUGCUGGACGAGGACGUCAACAAGGCUCUUAACGCUGAGACCCCCAAGUCCUCGCCUCUGCCCAGCCGGAACCGCGACCCGGUAGAGAUCCUCAUCCCCAAGGACAUCACCGACCCGCUCAACCUCAACAAUGACUCCGAGGUCCUGCCAUCGCCCCUCAAGUUGGGCCGCAAGAGGCGACACCGUCAUUACCACCACCAGCCUGGCCAGCAACCCCAGUCUGCCACCGCCACCGAAUCAGCGGAGAGGAACCAAGUUCUCCCACUGGACCCAAGCUCCCGGGACUGCCUUGUGGGUCAGAACCCAGCAGGAACAAGCGUGGGGCCGGGGUCCUCCGAGGUGCCAACUGAGCCUGAGGGCCCCCAGCCCUACGAGCUCAACACCCUCAUUAACUGCAGGGACGAGAUUGUGUCACCUGUCCUCCGUGGCUCCGAGCAAGCCCCAACUGGAAGCCGGCAUCGCAAGCGGCGCCGGACCGCCAGCAAGUCCGAGCUGGGCAAGAUCCCGACCAGCUCGGAGGAAGAGCCGAGGCUGCCAGGUGCGGAUGCCAAGAAGCCAAUGCCAGAGAAGGCAAAAGGCAAGGCAUCUCACCACCACCAUCACCAACACCACCAGCAGCAACACAGCUUCCAGCGCCACUCUAGCCUGCACCGUGAUGGCAAGGCCCAGCCCAACUUCCAGAGCAAACAGAAGCGGUUCCAGUAUGGCAACUACACCAAGUACUACGGCUACCGUAACCCAGGCCGCUGUGAGGACCCCCGGCUCAGCUUCUUCAAGCCUGAGUGGUUCCAGGGCAAGGACAUCUUGGACCUGGGCUGCAACGCGGGCCACCUGACGCUCAGCAUCGCCAAAGACUUGAAGCCCUCGCGCAUUGUGGGCAUCGACAUUGACGGUAGCCUCAUCCACACGGCCCGACAGAACAUCCGCCAUUUCCUGUCGCAGGACAUGCUGCCGUCGCAGGGCGAUGGGCAGGUGAAGAGGCGCUUCCCGCUGUCGCUGACCAAGUGUAAGGGCCCAAUCGCUGCCCCACCCGUGGCUGUGGAUCGCUGUGUGGCUGAGUUCCCCAAUAACGUCACUUUCAUCCAGGGAAACUAUGUGCUGGAAAAGGAUGAAUUGCUGCAGACGCAGAGGCCAGAGUACGAUGUUGUUCUGUGCCUAAGCCUGACGAAAUGGAUUCAUCUCAACUGGGGCGAUGAAGGGCUAAAACGGAUGUUCAAACGCAUUUACAGGCAUCUGCGGCCAGGUGGCAUUUUCAUCCUGGAGCCACAGCCCUGGUCUUCAUAUGGGAAGCGGCGGAAAAUUACGGAGACAAUCUACAAGAACUACUAUAAGAUUAUUUUUAAACCGGAUCAGUUUACAUCUUAUCUGUUGUCACCAGAGAUUGGGUUUUCUAGCUAUGAGCUGGUGGGAACACCUCAAAGCACGUCUAAAGGGUUCCAGCGUCCGGUUUACCUCUUUCACAAGGGUCGUCCAUCUAAUGCAAACUAAGACUUCCAAAGCCAGCUCCUGGCUGCUAUUUCAGUUUCUUUUGCCCAUCAAUGGCUCUCUCCCAACCAUCUCCUCUCUCUUAUCGAAGCCAGUGGAGGACCCUACACAGGACAUGUGGUCUACCAUCAUGAGCACUGCCUUUUAUUUUCGAUUGUUUUAAAUUGACAAGCUGUUAAUCUUGAUCUGCUUCACAUAAAAGCCUCAACGAAUGUAUAAAGAAAAAGGAAACGCAUUUUAGGGUUACAAAAAAAACUGCAUUUGCUGGCUUCAGGCACCUCUUGGGUGGGGAAGGGAGCACGUGACCUACUUUAGAAAGUGUAAUUUCUGCCCUUGAAUUCACCGUACGCCAGUACUGUCAGCCUCGCCUCCAGGAAGGUUUCAACUCCUUUUUCUGACAAAGCCAAGAUGUUUGUGUGGGAAUACACAGAUUUCUUGAGGAUUUGCAGGGGGAGGAAUAUAGAUUAGACAUGGAGAGACAUCACAGAUGAAACUAUCACACAACCCUGCACCUUGUUGCAUUGUUUUAAUAUCAUGUUCUCCAGCACACCAUCCACUUGUCCAUACAGUAAUUUCUAACUCUUCACCCAGUCCUCACCAAAAAGAGUUUUGCUUGAGAUCAUAAAUCAGUCAAUCCCUGAAUCCAAUUUGGUUUACAGAUGCAACUAAAAUCAUCCAUCAUUCUGUUAGUAUGACUGGCCAUGCAUCUGAGGACAUGAUCUCGUUGAGCUGUGAGCAUACCCUUGUGUGUGUUGGUGCCACUUCUAUUGUCUUGGUUGGUAUGAGCUCAGGAUGUGAGCAACAUUGGGCUCGAGAUCAAUCCUUAUGUUUGUGGCCGCUGGUCUAGGAUAGCCGCUCGUAACUCAUUUCCAAAAAUUGCCACCAUUGGUUCUGCUACAUCAUUUUGAUCUUUCCCCUCUGUCUCAAAGUAGGCAGACGUGAUUUUUUUCAUCUUGCAAAUUCCUACUUUGUAGGUAGGAACAUGAUUUUUGUUUUUCCAUCUCUUUGUCUUCCUGAUGUCCAAAAACUCAAACAUCAUACUGACCUUUUUUCUUCCCCUGCGUCCUAUUUUUGUAGCGUAAUCUGAGUUGGUGUACUGAAACCCUGUACGUACAGCGGUAGGACUUUAGUGAAGAUGAGCAGCAUGUGUGACAGCAACAAGUAUUGGAAUGUGGGGGUAAGAGGUCUGAGCACUGUAAUCAGGACUUGCUUUGAAAUGCUCACCUUAAGUGCUGUGUACUAGAGCAGGUUGUGGUUUGCAUUUCUCCCCGAUCAUAACUACCAAGUCAGCAGAAUUGUUUUAAUGUGAUAUGGCUGUUAUUUCUCCCUCUUCCCUCCCACAUGCACUUUCAGGCCACAGUUUGGUCUGAUCCACUAAUCAGCUAACAGCAGCGUGGGAUGAUUGUCCUAGAUAUGACUAGUGACUCUUUCAAUAAAUAAACUCCCCAGAUUUCUGUGUAUGUGAGAGAGAGUGUGAAUAUAUGUAGAGAGGUGAGUAGUGAUCACAUUUGAUAUAAAGAAACAUUCAGAGAUUAGCGCAUUUUAAAGUAAGAACUCAUUAAAAAUGUUAGUUGCAAGAACGCGAUGCGGCAGCGGUGAGGCAGGGGGAUGUCCUGCAUCUUUUUAUGGUCUAGCAUUCUAUAAAAUUUCUGAAGGCCCCUACUUAGAAAUGAACCAGACCAGCCACGUGCGUGUGCGUGUGCGUGUGCGUGCGUGCGUGCGUGUGCGUGCGUGCGUGCGUGUGCGUGUGCGUGUGCGUGUGUGUGCGUGCGUGUGCGUGUGCGUGUGUGUGUGUUUAUACACAAAGUGAAAUAGUUUUACUGCUCAAGAGACUUAAAGUCCGCCUUCACUCCUGGCCUGUAUCCCCAUAAGGAAAUUUUAUAAACUGGCACUAAUCUAUAAAGGUGUAGAUUAAAGUGUAUGUUAGCGUUUUCCAUCCCCCUCCCCCUCAUCUGGACCAUUGAGCUAGACUUGCUGAGUUGGAACCAUGCAGUAACCCAUUACCAUGCAUUUGUUGCUAUGCACUGUAAAUAUUCCUGCGAUACAGUAAGGAAAUGAUGCUUUUGUAUUGUCCUUUCUAAGGUUAAGAGGUUUCCUGACUUUGUUCAGUGCUUUGUUUCAACACCCAUAACCUGCUGACUGCUUUCAUCCUAAUUCAUCCUUCAUCUCAUCUCCCCUCUCCUCUGUUCCUGUUCAAAAGGCCAUUAUGCUGGUUAUUUUUUGUAAAUUCCUUCGCAAGUUGGCGUUGGUUUUGGGCUUUGAGAAUGGGGUAGAUCGAGUGCGUUGUUAAAAUAAGGGGUUUCUUUUUUCUGCUGGUGGGGAGUGAAGAUAUUAAAGAGUAUAGGGGGUGGGAAUAAAGCACGUGGCCUUGCCUUUGUUUCCGGGUCCACGUGGACCUCAGGAUCCAGGGAGAGUUAAACGUUCAGUUAUGCUUUUACAAAAAAAAAUUAAUUCUUUUGUUUUGUUUCUUGUUAUUUCUUCCCAUUGACAGACCAGUUCAAACCUGUGGCCAGGGCUGCAUGUGUGUUGUGUAAAAUCUCUUUUAAAAAUUGCUUCGCUGUCCCCUUCUCACUAGGACCUGCCAUGCAUUUCAGGUGUGUUUACAGAAUCUAUCCACUGGACAAUCUAUGGGGUGCGCGGGGGGUGCUGUUAUGUUUUGUCAACACACCCUGUUUGACUCAUUUGGGUUCAAAGGAUCAGUAUUAAAUAUGAGGGGAUAGAUCUGUGGGAGGUUUGAUUCUGAUCUGGAGCUCUCAGCGCAGUUUGCCAACUUGUUACUGGCUGGGGUUGAGUAGGUUGGGAAUUCUGGGCUUUUUGUGUGCCAAUUUAAUCGCAGUUGUUGAAAGGCAGUUAAUGAUUUUUUUGAAUUAGAAUUCACCCUUUUCCAGAGUCCACCCUGCGCGUUCACCUCCAGCUCACUUGCUGAUGAGAUUUCUUUUGUCCUUCGAAAUUGUCUAAUGGGUGUUCAAGUUGGGAAUUUUAGUGUAUGUUCUUUCUCAGUGCACGGACUUCCGGGAUUCUUAUUCGCACAGUUUAUUUUAAAGGGAGCAGGAUUUAGUUGCACAUUGAUGAAUUUGCCUUUGUUUUUAGAUAAAGGAACUUCUUGAAUCAGUUUUGAGCACCGCUUUCUGUGUUGUCGAAGUUCAACCUGGCAGUGGAGAACCUUUCCCUUCAAGGAAAAAAAUUGGGUCAGAUUGGCCUUAAGCUGCCAGUAAUGAAGUUCCAACCUCACUGUUCUCCCACUGUUCAUCUCGGUGUCCAGUGGCUGAGCAGCUUGUACAAAUCGGUGCGCAUCUCUCAUUUCGAGUUGACUACGGUCAUUGGGUCGGCCUGUACACCCGCACCUAUCCCUCUGUGUUUUCUCAGCCCACUUCAAUAUCCCUUACAGGCUUGGCCAGUCCUUUUUCUGUGAACAAAGGCAAUGAAAGGUGCUCUUGAGGAGGAGCCGUGGCUGGCUUAACACCUGAGCUGCAGCAUACCAUUUCAGCGUUGCAAGUUUAGUCGCAGUCUCAGCCCACCAGUAGUUGCACUGGUCUCUCAAUUUUGUCUUUUUGUUUAAAAAAGAAUUCAGCCAUGGCUUGUAAACAAGGUGCUUUCUCCAAUUAUUUACCAGCUCCGCACAGGAACUUAUUUCUUCAGUGUGAUAAACUGUAUCUUUGACAACUGGUUCGCUGCAGCUUCCAAAUAGGGAGGGGAGGGUGGGGAGGGCGACUGUAUGUACAUGCCUGCAUUACAGGGGGUGGUGAAGUGCAAAUAAACUUGAGAUUCUAGAUUUUUAAGAAAAAAAAGUAAAUAAAAUGUUGUCUUUGAUAAAAUGUUUCAGGAAAAGAAUUGUCAUUUGUGAAUUUUUGUAAAAAAAAAAGCAAACGCUGCAAAAAUCCAAUGUCAAACAUACAUCAAGUGUCAUUACAAUAAAGGAAUACAAGUGUGUUAA